GAAGUCUGCAGGAUGGGGAAUACCAAGAGCAGCGCUUUGUCGAAGGAGCUCCUGGAGGAGCUGAAGUCCAACACGAAAUACUCAGAGUCCGAGCUCUGCACCUGGUACCAGUCCUUCCUGAAGGAGUGUCCCAGCGGGAAGAUCAGCAAGCAGCAGUUUGAGGGCAUCUACGCCAGCUUCUUCCCGAACGCGGACCCCACAGAUUACGCGCGGCACGUGUUCAGGAGUUUUGACACCAACGCGGACGGCACUUUGGACUUCAAGGAGUACAUCGUCGCUCUGCACCUCACAUCCGGGGGGAAGACUCUGCAGAAGCUGGAGUGGGCCUUUUCCCUGUACGACGUGGACGGGAACGGAACCAUCAGCAAAAAUGAAAUACUGGAGAUUGUUAGGUCAAUAUUCAACAUGAUUCCUAAUGACGACCAGAAGAACCUCCCCGAGGAUGAAAACACGCCGGAGAAGAGGGCGGAGAAAGUCUGGGAAUUCUUCGGGAAGAAGGAAAACGAUAAAGUCUCAGAGGGAGAAUUCAUUCAGGGUGUGAUGGACAACAAUGACAUCCUGCGGUUGAUACAAUAUGAUGAACCUCAGCAAAUUAAAGACAAGCUGAAAGAGAAGAAGCAAUAACAUGUGGAAAAAGCCCCUUCUUGUGAUUUUAAGACUUUUGUUUUUCUGUUUAAAUUCUCAAGUUCUGGCUGUUUGUCCUCUUCAAUUUUCGCUCUUUUUUUAUUGUAUUUUUUUGGUCUAACAACCAGGUAGACAGUACUGCAUGUUUGUCUUCGUACCCAGAGAGUAUUUUUGUUUGUGCCCUUUAGGAUGUAGUAUCUCAAUGUUUUUUAGGUCAAUGUUUGAUUGCUUUAAUCGGCAUUAAAGGCAUAAAUAAACUGCAACGACUGCACUCCUGUUAGUUACGGCUAUCUGCUAGCCUUCUAACUUCCUAUAACAUCUUAGUAACUGAGUGUAUUAUUCCAAAUAAAUUAGACAGUGGCUAAAUCUUAUAAUGGAGAAAAAAUUACAGAUAAGCUGGUCCAGCUAAACGCUAACUAGCAGUGUAGCCGUAACUGCCAUCUCAAGGGAAAUUUGUGUGAUUUCAUGUGGCUAAGAUACUUUAAAAUAACAUAUUUUGUCUUUAAUUAAACAUGAAUUCAUAGCUCAAAUGGACAAAAAAGCUGAGGAGGAAACAAUCUAAUAUAUCCUUGUGUUUGGCCCUUUGAUUGGCUCAAUAGAAGUAUGUAAGGUCAUUGACUAACCAGCACAAAGGUCAUUAGCUAGUUGUGGCUAGCUUACCAACUAGCCUUAGUCAAAGCUAAUUUACCCCUAUUUCCUGGUUGAAAAACUAUUUUGGCGCUAUGUCAUCUCAGUACUGUAUUUGUUAAACCACAUCAAUCAGACAACAGCUAAAUCUUUAAAAAAUAGGGAAAAGAUUAUCACCAGAUAAACUACUCGGGCUAAACGCUAACUAGCCUAGCUAGCAGGGUAGCAGUAACUGCAAUAUGUGCUGCCUCUAGAAUUCAUGUGGUUUCAUUUUAAUUUUAGCUACUUUCAUUCACAUUUUUGUGUUGAAUUAAACAUAAAUGUUUUAACUUAUUAGCUCAAAUGGAGAGAAGAAUCUGAAGAAGAAACAAAGAACAUAUUUUAAACAUUGUGUUCUCCCUUCACCCUUUAGAUUGGUUUUUUGUUUUUUUUAUGUAAGGACAGUGCAAAUAUUUAAUAAGCAGUAUAAAAAAAUUACACAAUUUACAACUUAUAUCUGUUAUACUCCUGUUUCUUACUGCUCUUUCCCUCUUGUCAGCCACCCUCCCCUUUAUGUUUGCUCGCCAGCCUUUCCUUGACAGCCAAUUUACUCUCUCAUGUCUGGCAGCGUACCGGCAGUGUUUGGUCACACUUGGAAUUGAUUCAUUAGGUUGAGAGCGAGAAAGUCUGGACGAGAGCUCCUUAUGAGAGGAAUUAGGCUCAGGUUAACAAUCUGCCUGAAUCAGCCGAUCCUCUUAAGAGCUGAAGGUCAACUGAGACGAACACACUCCUUUACUUUAAGUGUGUGGUGAAGAUAAUGUGGGCUUGGCACACUGAAGAAUAAUUUAGUUAUACAUAUUGUCAGGCAAGCUA